GGAGCUUUCAAACCUGAAACAGGAAGUGGAUUGAAGCAGCGGCCAGUUGGCGUCUCGUUAGCGCUUAACGCACAGGUUUAUUUUAGUGAGCUUAGCUUUAAAACACUCAAACUCUGGUUUUAUCCCCUGAACUCGUCAGAAGGCGGUUAUUAACCUGGCGGAGGACAAAGAACCGCAACAAAAUGUCGGAUUCAGCUGCAGGGAGCCGCUAUGAGCGUCUCACAGCAGAGCAGAUGGAUGAGCAGAGGAUCCAGAAUGUGGCCUAUCAGUACCUCUGCAGGCUGGAGGAGGCUAAGAGGUGGAUGGAGGCGUGUCUGGGGGAGGAGCUUCCUGCUCCAACUGAGCUGGAGGAGGCUCUGAGGAACGGAGUCAUUCUGGCCAAACUGGGUCAUCGCUUUAGUCCGACCGCCGUCCCGCUGAAGAAGAUCUACGACCCGGAACAGCUCAGAUACAAGGCUGUGGGUCUCCAGUUCCGCCACACCGACAACAUCAACCACUGGAGGAACGCCAUGACAUCACUGGGACUGCCAGCGAUCUUCCACCCGGAAACCACCGACGUGUACGACAGGAAGAACAUGCCCAGAGCCGUCUACUGCAUCCACGCUCUCAGCCUCUACCUGUACAGACUGGGUUUGGCUCCGCCUAUUCAUGAUCUCUAUGGAAAAGUAAAGUUCACAGAUGAGGAGAUCAACAACAUGAAGCUGGAGUUGGAUAAAUACGGAAUCCAGAUGCCGGCUUUCAACAAGAUCGGAGGCAUCCUGGCCAAUGAGCUGUCUGUGGACGAAGCUGCAGUGCAUGCAGCUGUGGUGGCCAUUAACGAGGCGGUGGACAGAGGGGAUGUGAGCGUCACAGCCUCAGCGCUGAAGAAUCCUGCAGCUCUACUCACUGACCUGCAGGAGGCGCUGAUGAGUGUCUACCAGGAGAUGCUGAAGCAGGCCAGGAUGAAGAAGGCGGAGCAGGCAGCCUGCAAGGUUGGCUCUGAUUGGUCAGAGACAGAAUGCGUCCGUCAGCCUGUCUGUGACGUGUUUGUCUGUCAGCAGGACGGCUCUGAGGACAAAGACAUGUACGAGGAGUAUCUGAGCCAGAGGGAGAUCCAGGAGCACAUCAGGACCGUCAACGUGCGAUCAGCGUUGGAACAAGUGGACGAAGCUCUGGAUGCUGAAGAUGAACUCUCUCUGCUUGCUGCUCUGCAGCUGCCAUGUUUGGCCCUCAGGGGCCUCCAUACUGCCAACGGCCCAUGGUACCUGGAUCAGCUGUUGGUGGACCGCCAGCAGAAGGCUCUGGACCAGGGCUCUGUGGAUCCUCUGGAAGCUGCUGAGCUGCAGGAAAGCAUCUCUGCUGCCAACCAGGAAGCUCAGAGAGCCACCAACAUGCUGGUGGCGGUGCAGAGGGUCAACGCCUCGCUGCGUGGAGACGACUGCAGGUACACCGUCAGCUGCCUGAUGAACUCUGAGCUGCAGCUGCCUGAAGUCUUCCCAGCAGCCGCAGCCUUUUACCACCAGGAGCUGCAGCUGCUGCAGCGACGGACCGCGCAGGGGGAGCUACAUCAGGAAGAGCUUUUUGUCGCCGUGGAGAUGCUCUCAGCAGUUGCUCUAAUCAAUCAGGGUGUGGAGGCGGGACAUCUGCAAGAGUUCAGCUCCUCAUUGGUCAGUCCAUCUGCAGGCCUGUGUGACGUGGACCACGCCCUCAUGGACAGGUACCUGGAGCACCUGGUAGGUGUGAAGCAGCAGAUGGGCCGAGGCUUGCUGACCUGGAAUCAGCUGCAGGAAGGAAUCAACCAUGUGAACGGCUCGGCCCAGGACGAACACCAGCAACUCCAGGCUGUCGGCCUGAUUAACGAGGCUGUGAUGAGAGGAGACCCCCAGCAGCUGGUGUCUGCGCUGAUGCUGCCCUCCUGUGGUCUGGAGGACAUCAUACCUGCCAACACCUGCAGGUACCUGGCCCUGCUGACCAGGUCCAGGCAGCAAAAAGCACAGAUGAGCAGAGACCCUGGAGCUGAGCUGUGGUUGGCCGAUAUCCAGGAAGCAGUGAAGCAGGCCAAUCAGCAGAGUCAAAAAGCUCUGAAGUUGUGCCUGGCGGUGGCGGCGGUGAACCAGGCGGUGAAGGAGAACCGGGCCAAACAGACUCUGCGGGUUCUGUCUCUGCCAGAACUGGAGCUGCGAGGACUUUUAUCGGACUGCGCUUCAGAUUAUCAGCGAGAGCUGAGCGGCCGGAUCGCAGACAGGACUCGCUCAGGUGAGGACCGGAGUCCGUGGGUUCGGGUCCAGCUGCAGGACGGAACCUUUUAUUACUUUCACCUGAACAGGCUGGAGGGAAGCUGGGAGAAACCCAACAAAUUCAAACAACACGGUCCGUACCUGAGCCAUCAGGAGAUCCAGGAAGUGGUGGGCAGCGUUUCUGCGUCGUACAGCCGCGGCGUUCUUUGGCGGAGCAGCGAAGCCCUGAUUGUUGGUCUGCAGGCUCGCUGUCGGGGGUUCCUGAUCAGACAGCAGCUGGAGGUCCGGCGGCGUUUCCUCAUCAGUCAGACUCCUGCUGCAGUCGUCAUCCAGUCUCAUUGGAGGAGGUUCGUCCAGCAGAGGGCGUACAGGCGGAGGCUGCAGUUCCUCUACAACAACUGGAGGUCUGUUGUGAAGAUCCAGUCGUUUGUGAAGAUGUGGCUCGUCAGGAGGAGACAUUUGGCCCGGCUGAGAUUUUUCACACGGAACGUGGAUGCGGUCAUAAAGAUCCAGGCCUUCUUCCGGGCCAACAGAGCCCGACACGAGUACCGCAUGCUAGUGCACUCGGACACGCCCCCUCUGUCUGUGGUCAGGAAGUUCCUUCACCUGCUGGACCUGGGAGACGGUGACAUCAGAGAGGAGGCGGAGCUCCUGCGGCUGCGAGAGGAAGUGGUGAGGAGCAUCCGCUCCAACCGGCAGCUGGAGACCGACUUGGACCUGAUGGACCUGAAGAUCGGGCUGCUGGUGCGAAACCGAGCCACGCUGCAGGAAGUGGUGUCUCACUGCAAGAAGCUGACCAGGAAGAACAAGGAGCAGCUGUCGGACAUGAUGAACGUGGAGCGAAGCAAAGGGCUGAAAGCUCUGAGCCGGGACCGGCGGGCGCGGCUGGAGGCCUACCAGCACCUGUUCUACCUGCUGCAGACGCAGCCUCUCUACCUGGCGCAGGUGAUCUUCCUGAUGCCCCAGAGCCGCUCCACCUCCUUCAUGGAGAUGGUGGUGUUCAGCCUGUUCAGCUACGGCUCCGACCGCCGCGAGGCCUUCCUGCUGCUGCAGCUCUUCACCGAGGCGCUGCGAUACGAGAUCAGGCUGAAGGUGGAGCGGCCGCAGGACGUGAUCACGGGGAACCCCACCGUCAUCAGGAUGCUGGUGAACUUCUACCGCCAUGCUGGCGGCCAGAACGCGCUGCGGGACUCUCUGGGUCCGGCUCUGCAGGACGUCCUGUUGGACCGAAGCCUCAACAUCAGAACCGACCCGCUGGAGGUCUACAAGACCUGGAUCAACCAGACCGAGACCCAGACCGGACACAAGAGCUCGCUGCCGUACGAGGUUUCUGCUGAGGACGCUCUGUCCCACGCCGAGGUCCAGCGCCGCAUCGACGUCGCCAUCAUCAACCUGAAGAACCUCACAGACCGCGUCCUCAAAGCCAUCACCGCCAACCUCAGCAGGAUCCCGUAUGGUCUGCGUUACACAGCCAAGGUGCUCAGAGACGCCUUGAAGACAAAGUUUCCUGCAGCCGGUGAGGACGAGCUCUACAAGAUUGUGGGUAACCUGGUCUACUACCGCUACAUGAACCCGGCCGUGGUGGCUCCAGACGGCUUCGACGUGGUGGACAGGUGCGCCGGCGCCGCCCUGCAGCCGGAGCAGCGCCACAUCCUGGGCUCCAUAGCGCGCAUGCUGCAGCACGCCGCCGCCAACAAGCUCCUCCACGGAGACGGAUACCACGUCCGAGUCCUGAACCAGUACAUCAGCCAGACCCACUGCAGGUUCAGGAAGUUCCUGUACGCCGUCUGUGACGUUCCUGAGCCAGAGGAGCGCUUCAGCAUGGACGAGUACUCGGAGCUGCUGAUUGUCGACAGACCCGUCAUUUACAUCUCUGUCAGCGAGCUGCUCAACACCCACCAGCUGCUGUUGGAGCACCAGGAGGUUCUCUGUCCAGACCCAGCAGAUCCCCUCAGGAUGAUCCUGAAGGAUCUCGGACCGGUUCCCAGUCUGCAGGAGCUCAUGGGCACUGCGGCAGGUGAGACUCCAGCUGAUCCAGGGUCAGAGUCCAGUAAGAUGGAGGUUUCUCUCACUCUCACCAACAAGUUUGACAUCUUUAACGACUCUGAGGACAAACCAGACGCCCGAGGACUGCUGCUCAGCACCAAGCAGUUGAUCAUCGAUGUCAUCCGGACUCAGUCGGGUGACUCUCUGAGCGACCUGCUGAGAACAAAGACCUCACCUGACCAGGAAGUGUGUCAUGAUUGGCUAAUGCAGCGUCGGGCUCGGCAGGAUGCUCAGACACCAGAGAAGAUGAAGAGGAACCAGUCGCUGGUGGCCAACGGCAAGCUGAGCCUGGAGGAGAAGAAGAAGAAGAUCCUGCGGAGCCUCAGGCGUCUGGAGGCGCUCGCCGUUCUCCGACCGCCUCGUCCUGAGAACCAGGUCCUGCAGAUGAUCGCCAAGGACAUCCGGCAGCAGCGCCUGCAUCGUCAGCGUCGGGGGGCGGAGCUUCAGAAACUCCAUCAGACUCUCAGCAGGCUGCAGGAGAAGAGCAGCUUCCACAGCGAGCAGGUCGACUUCUACAGACAUUACAUCACUUCCUGCCUGGACAACCUGACGGCUAACAGUAAAUUACCCAAUAAGAAAGCAGCAGAAGGCAGAGGGAAAAAGAAGCCUCCUGCUCUGAGCUACAGCGCCGCUCGGCUGCAGGAGAAGGGAGUCCUGUUGGAGAUCGAAGACCUGCCGCCCACACAGUUCAAGAACGUCGUCUUUGACAUCACUCCUGGACCCGAGAAAGGAAGCUUCCUCAUCAAGGCUCGGUUCCUCGGAGUCCAGAUGGAAGAAUUCCUGCUCAAAUACCAGGACCUGCUGCAGCUGCAGUAUGAGGGCGUGGCGGUGAUGAAGAUGUUUGAUAAGGCCAAAGUCAACGUUAACUUGCUCAUCUUCCUGCUGAACAAGAAGUUCUUCAAGAAAUGAUCCCAGGAACACUCCUGUCUUUGUCUUCUGUCUCACUGAUUGUCUUUUAUGUUUGUUGGACAAAAUGAGAUCCUGUUUCUCUCUAGAGUGAAACGUUCUUUCUGUCCUGUUGCUUUUUAAUGUGCCUCGGUUUUUAUCCUGUUUAACUCCUGUCUCUAUUUUCAGUUUAGUCAGACAUCUAUCCUGCACUACCGUCUGUUUUUAACGUGCCUCAGUUUAUAACAGAGUGAGGCUCCUGUUUAACUCCUGUCUAUAUUUAAUUAUUCAUAUAUCAGUAAAAUUGAACCUACGAGCCAUCUACUCAUACACUUAUCUUUGUUCUUAUGUCAUUCUGCAUUAUUAUGAUCCUGAGAAAUGCAUCCUGUUCACUGACCUUUGCACAUUUCACUCUAACACUCCUGUCUGUGUUACACUACAUGAUGCUGAGAAAGCUGGAGCUUUAUUUUCAAUGUCUGAUCAGAACCAUCCUGUCUCUGCAGGAUAGUCUGUGGGCGGGGCUUAGUUCAGAUGGGCAGUUUCAUUGGUCACGAAGAUUUUAGUGAUCGCCGGUUUCUGAUUGGUGAUCAGCUGCUGUAAACGUCUAACUUCCUGUCUGAAGGAACCUUUUAAUCAUCAAUAAACGGCUUCAUGUUGCA